GGAAACCUCAGCUUUACGUCAUGGAGGGCAUGGAGGACAAUGAAGAGCACGAUAUGGUGGUUAAUGAAACUUUUAGUAGCGAGGAAGAAGGUUACAAGUACUACAAUGCAUAUGCUAAGUCCAAGGGGUUUGGUGUUAGAAAAGAAGAGCUGACUAAGAAGCCAGGCACGAACAUAGCUUUCCGGCGUCUUUAUGUGUGCUCCAAAGAAGGAUAUCGGGCAAGGAAGCACUUUGAAAAAACUAAACGAAAACGAACACCUCGGCCACUUUCGCGUUGUGGAUGCGGUGCUCGGAUGGAGAUCGAGAUGUCUAUGGAAAGUGGAGAAUGGUUUGUAAAAGAUUUCGUGGUUGAACAUAACCAUCCACUCGCCAUUGGUGAUCAGACAACUUUCAUAAGGUCUCAUCGUGGGUUGAAUGACGCUCAAAAGGCUGAUGCCAUUGAGUAUGGGAUUGGUGGCCUUCGAACACACGAGAUUAUGGAAGUAAUGGAGAAGCAGCAUGGUGGCCCCGAGAAGGUAGGUUUUGUACCUCGGGAUCUCUAUAAUUUUUUUGCCAAGUACAAGAAGGAAAGGAUUGAAGGUCGUGAUGCUGAAUUUAUGCUCAAUUAUAUGGCUGCAAGACAAGAGAAAGAUCCAGAAUUCUUUUACAAGCACAGCACUGAUAGUGAAGGGCACCCGGAAAACAUAUUUUGGGCGGACGCACAGUGUCGGAUGGAUUACGAUGCCUUUGGUGGUGUCGUGGUCUUUGAUAGCACAUACCGUGUGAACAAAUACAAUCUUCCGUUUGUCCCCUUCAUUGGUGUGAACCACCAUCGUAGCACGACUGUGUUUGGAUUUGGUAUUGUGUCAGAUGAGAAAACGAAAUCUUAUGUGUGGUUGCUUGAAGCAUUUUUGGAGUCGGCGCAGCAGUAA